AUGAAUCCGAUUAGCAGUAACAUCACUAUCACCAAGAGUAAGAGAGGAGGAGGGGGAGGCGUAGACGAGAUGGACAUUGACAGGAACAACUUGGUGAAUCCAAUGAAUGGAAACACACUCAAAAUACCAGUAGAGACAGAUACUACAAAGAAUCGCCCUCGAUCUCCUACAAUCCAUCGGAAAAGGCUAGUAUUUGAAGAGGCUGACAAUUUGGUGGAAGAGUCUUAUGAAAUAGACAUGGACCAGAAUUUCGUAGAGGAGGCGGAAGUGGAGGAGGAGGAGGAAUAUCCAUCAUCGGUCAGAUAUCCACCCGAUCCAGGAUCAGACACUUACAACAUGAUGAGACAAAGAGAAGUUCUCGAUCAAGUAAAAGCCAACACCGUACAAGUGAUAGAGGUGAUCGAUAAUUUUCAAAGGUUAAGGUUAAAGUCAAACAUCAAGCCAACCAAAGGGGAUCUUGUGGCAACUGUCGAUGAUGCUUUGGCAAUGACAACCUCGAUAGUAUCUAUCCUUGAAUACUAUAUGGAUGAGUUGAUGGAUCAAAUGACGCAACCACCAAUGCCAGUCAUCUCUACAUCGCCGCCACCGUCAUCGACCAAAACUAAAAAGACAAAGACUCCUUCAUCACCAUUUACAUCUGGACGUACCCAACCCCAAACUUCAACCUCCACUGCCAAUACUGCUACUACAACUAGUUCACCUCCCAACAUGUUUGUGAUAUCUUCUCCAAAUGUAUCUCUUCUACAAAGACCAUCUCAACCACCUUCCAUUUCACCACCAACCUUGGUCAAAAUGAAUACAGAAUCAUCAUCAUCACCAUCAAUACCUCAAAGAGGUCAAACAGUUAAAGCCACCAAUUCUAGUCCAUUAAUGCCCAAGAGUACCAAUGAAUCUUCAGGUUCAUCAUCGAGAGCUCCAACCCCACAAUUUAUUACUGAUGACAAUGUCUCAGACCAACAAACCACCACAACCACCACCACCACUACCAGCACAACAAGUUCAACGAGUACAUCAACAACAACAAAGGGUAAAUCAAAUCCAGCUAAACCAAGCCCAUCAACAAAGAAAAAAAGAGGUAGACCACCUCAAGAAAGACCACUGAGUUGUGCACUAUGCCAAAGGACAACGACACCGGAAUGGAGAAAAGGAGAAAAUGGUGUAGACCUGUGCAAUGCUUGUGGACUCCAACAUAUGAAAAGAGUCAAAAAAGAAAAGGAAUCAAAACAAAAACACAGUCUUGAUAUUGUCAUCAAUGAUCCACCCUCUCCACCACCACCACCACCAACUAAAAAGCCAUUAGACAACAAUAAUAAUAAUAAUAAUAAUAAUAAUAAUAAUAAUAAUAAUAAUAAUAAUAAUUCUAAAAAACAAAAGAAAUUGUUGGAUUUAAAUAUUAUUACCCCACCAACAACGAUAACAACAACAACAACAACAACAACAAAUAAUAGUGAAUAUAAUCAAAAUAAUAAUGGUUUAGUACAACCACUAGGUCCCAAUUUGUACAAUGGUUCUUCAUCGUUGUUAAUAUCGCCACCAACAUUAAAAAGGGUAGCUUCUCCUUCUCCUCCUCCGAGUUCGGCAAAUGGUCAAAACAACCAUCCCAGAAUCCUAUCCUCAUCUUCACCAUCCAUCACCACCACCACGACUAUUAAUUCCCCAGUAACCAGUCCAACAAUGACUACUACCCCAUCAUCAAUCCAAACAACCACAAACCAAAAUAUAAAUAAAAAGAUUUAG